AUGGAAGGGGAACUCAAGAGCUUCAUCAAGGUCCUCAUCUCAAUAAUGGCGUCCCUCUUAUACUCUUACUUCAUAGCUUCAAAGAUUCCCAAAGGCAAAUUCAGGUUCUUCUCUCUCCUCCCAAUAUUCUCUCUCUUCGCCGUCCUUCCCCUCUCUCUCUCCACCGUCUUCCUCACCGGAACCGUCACCUUCUUCAUCACUUGGCUCACAACCUACAAACUCCUCCUCUUUUCCUUCAAUUUAGGCCCUCUUGUUUCCGACCCACCAUUGAAAUUCCCCUUAUUUGCUUCAAUUGCUUGCCUCCCAAUCAAAAUCAUGCCAAAAAAAACCGACCCAGAUCACAAAAAUCUCAAAAAAGUUCCAAAUCCUAAGUUGCCACUUAAUUUACCCGCCAAAAUCGUUAUUUUCGCCGGAUUUAUCGCCGCCGGCGACCACAUUGACCGGCUCCGGCCGAAUGCGAAGAUCUGCGUCUACUCGGUGCUGUUGUAUAUCUUCGUCGACAUUCUUCUUGGUGUACCGAGUGUUUUCUUUCGAUUGAUGUUUGGUGGCGUCGAGCUCGAACCGGGGUCGAACGAGCCGUAUUUGAUGACAUCGCUCCAAGAUUUUUGGGGGAGGAGGUGGAAUUUAUUGGUGUCGAAUUCUCUCCGAUAUAGCGUUUACAAGCCGGUUCGAGCAGCGGUAGAGGGUCUAAUCGGGCCGACAUGGGCCGCGGGAACGGCGGUGAUGGCGGUGUUUGUGGUGUCCGGAGUGAUGCAUGAGCAAAUGGUGUAUUACCUUACUAGAGAGUUUCCCACUUGGGAGACUACGUGGUUUUUUGUUGUUCAAGGUGUGUGUGUGGUGGUGGAAUCCGGGUUGAAGGCCGCCGUGGGGCGACGGUGGCGGCCGCCGUCGGUGGUGGCGGGUCUGUUGACAUUGGCGGUUUUGAUGGUCACCGCCGCGUGGUUGUUCUUUCCGCCGUUCUUGAAGGCCGGUACUUUUGCAAGUCUUCUUAGAGAAUUGAAGAUGGUGGGAAAAUUCCUUUGGAAACUCAUUUAA